UGAAAGUAUACAUCAAGUCGAUUGUGUUGUUUCUGUGGUGGGCGGUUAUCGGCCAAAGUGAUUAAAUUGUAUUGCGAUUAUAUAUAUGUAAGUUAGCUAAACAUCGCUGCGAAGAUUAUAAGAAUGUGGACUCUAAUACUUGUGACGAUAUUAUUGGCAUUUUCUGGUGUCUUUUACAAAGCUGAGUCUGCAAAAUUCACAUCUAGACCGCCACGUGGUGUAAUCAAAGCUCGAAUAGGUGAUGACGUCACUUUAAAUUGGACAUUCACUCUGGACAGCGGCGAAGCAUUGUUGCUGUAUGAAGUACAGUACAGUAAAGGAAAAGUGUUUGAUAAUUCAGCAAAGAGAAUUGCCUACAUACUUCAAGAUAAGGUCACAGUAAUGAAUAACUACAAAGUAAGCGUAGAGCCAACAGGGACAGUGACUUUACAUAACGUGACUGAACAGGAGCGUGGUUAUUAUAAAUGCACCUUAUCCCUGGCGAAUACAGUCAAUAUUUUCUCUGACACAGUGGAAGUUUACGUUGGAACUCCUCCAGUUAUCACAUCUCCUUCGACAUCAAAGAUGAAAUUACUCGAAGAUGACGAGUUAAACGUAUCAUGUGACACACAAGGAAAUCCAUCUCCUGUGGCAUUAUGGUAUAGACCCAAGAAAAAUGAUUUGAAAAUAUUGGCCUACAGUCGUUUGCAAAUAAAAAAUGUCAAGCGCUCCGAUGCCGGGAAUUAUUCAUGUAUGGCAAGUAACAUUAUGGCUACUGUUGAAAAGUCACUGACACUUGAAGUUCUCGAAAGGCCAGUCGUGACGUCAUUUUUUCAUACAUCAUCCGUGGAUAAUGUGUUAUAUGAAUGUGAAUCAGUGACGAUCGUAUGUGAAGUUCGUGACUGUAGUCCACCGAUCAAAAACAUAAGUAUCUACCACGAAAACCGUCUCGUAUAUCGUAGAACGAAUACUUUCAACGGUAGAAAGUCAGAGAGGAAUAAAAUGGACACACCAGGAAGUGCUGGACAGCUGAGGUUAAAACAGGUUAGAAAAAAGGACGAGGGACAUAUUAUUGCAUAGCUGAGAAUGAGAAUGGUUCAAGUCGCAAUAAAACGAUUCAACUUAAAGUCAUAUCUGCUCCAAAAAACUGCAAGCGAAAGAGAAAUCUUGAAAGAAGUCAUAUCUUUCCAACUGUGCUCGCUGUUUCUGUCACAGGCUAUUCAUCUGCUGCUAUUCAUUUGACAAACAAAUCAGUUGGCGUGGAAACUCGCUCGAUAUCACACACUAACAAGUCAAAAUGGCUUCUUGUCAUUUCCUUGUAUUUUUUUCUGCAAUGCCUAAUGCCAUGAAAGCGUAAUGUGAAUUGUAGUGGAAGAUGUUUUAGGGAAGAGAAUAGAUAUGAUUGGGUAACGUGAUGAAGCUGUUUUGAUAGCCAUACCAGUUAUUUCCAAAAGACGAUCAUUCUCCCUUUACAAAAGAGCUUUAAGAUCGUGCAGGUGUUGCAAGGCUUUACGAUGAAGAUAAGACCCUUCGGCAAAAUAAUAGUACUUUCUAAAUUACUCAAAUGUAAAUCAAAUUCUAUUAAAUUACCAUAUAUUGCCUACUUCUUAUCACUUUUUUUAAUGAACACAAAAUGAUGAAGAUUUCACUAUAAUUUUAACUUAUAAAAGUCUGCAUUAAAAGCCAAUGAAUCAGA